CAUCAACAUUGCACACACGCAUACACAUGCAAACGACCUAACUACACAUAUUCUCCCUAUGACAUUUGUUUACAGUCAGUCUCUUCGACGUCUCACUCACUGUUUAUAUUCAUUUUCGUUCUUUUGCAUGCACUCCCCAUCAUACGAAAAACUCAUUUGAUGUGGUUCUUUUAAUUUUUCGUUCCUUUGUUCACAUUAAAUUAUCCGGAAAAGUAUUCGGAAAUCGGGUGUCAAAUUGUAAAUAAGGAUUACAUCAACGAAAUUAUAAUCUCAAAAAUCAACAUCGAAAUUGCUAAGGGAACAUUUGCGUAGCAUAAAAUUGUGUUCAAUAGACAAUGAAUCUACACAGUAAUAAACGUUCGUCAUCUGACGACAUAAAUGAACGUCGAAAACGUCGUCGAACCAUUUCAAAUGAUUUGUACCGAGGUUUUAGUAUUAAUGGAACGGAAGACAACAAAGAUGCAUCGGAUUUAUCAUCAAUGUCCUCUGACAGCGAUGAAGAAGAUGAUUCAAAUGUGCCAAACGCCUCAUCAUCUAGUCAAUGUGAUCGGUGUUCCAAAUGCAAAUGCGAUGAAGUACCAAAACUACUGAAAGUUCACAAUGAAGUCCUAUCGCUGCUGACUGAAAUGAAGAAGAAAAACAACGAAAUACACAAAUCGGUGAUGCUUGAGCUACAGAUAUGUAGGCAAGAAAUUAUCGAAGAAGUGCAACAGCUAAGGCAAAGUUUCACCCGAAUGACUGAACGACUGAUACGUCGCAGCAACAAUAAUAAUCAAAAUCUAGGCAUGCUGGAGUACAUGGACGAUGACAAUGAAACCGAAGAGGCCAGCGAUUCAGAAACCUCCCAAGACGAAGACUUUCUGGACGAUUUCCUACGAUAACUCUCGCCAUCUCUAUCGCGUUCGCUCUCUACAAAACUGUCGAUACAUAACAAUUUUGCAUUUGUCUCCAUUGGACAACAACCAAAACACAUCCACAGCUCGCUUCAAUCUCAUUCACAUCAAACCGAAUGUGCCGUCGAUGGAAGCACUGAACAAGUCUCUCGUGUUAAGGAUCGUUUUAGGAUCUGAUUCAGUGAAUGUACAGAACUGAAAAAAACCUUUAGGUUAUGUUUACACAUUCAUUUUUAUCAUAAAAUUUUUUUUUCUCAUCGUUUGCAUCCAAUUUUAUGUGCCCAUUUGUGGAUAUGAUUUUCCGAAUGUAAUCGUUGUUGAAUUCGAAUUUUAACCUUAUGUCAAGUUUCAUUGAUUAUUCUUCAAUAAAUUUGUAGUAAUUUUAGUGUAAUGAUAUGAACGCACCAAAA